GAUGAUGCUCGGGGACGAUAAAUCCUUUCACUGCCGGGGAUAUCCUUAUAUAUAGAAGUAUUUGAUCGAGACUCACCUCGCAAUGACUCGAGGCAUGAAACGGUCGGACAGGCAAGAAUUCGAUCGUGUAAUCGAGCAAUCUUACGAUGAGAGGAUUUAUUCGAACAUUCUACUUCCCGACAUUCGUCCUUCUAUUCGCCAUAUUCGUCGCGGAUUCAGGAGCGUACGAAGGAAAUGUUGGCAGUCUGUCAUACAGCAGCGCUUCGGCGAAUGCAUAUAGUUCUUCGGGAACAGGAAGCGCAUUUAUAGGAAACGAGGGACACAAAGGAAUUCGUAGCUACGACACCAGUGGCGGUCACAACCAGCCAAACGGUGGAGGAGGCCACCAAGACGGUGGUUGCAAAUGGUCCAAAUGUAAAUGGGAGAACGAUGAUUAUUGGGAGAAGGAUGAAGAAGAAACUGAACCAGAAGAAGAAGACGAAGACGAGUGCUACGACGGGGACGAUGGACAAUAUAAAGUUCACGAUCAUAGGCAGAAAAGCAAAGGAGGAUCGCCUCCUGGGGUGCAGAAAUUAGCCGCGCCUAAUCUUUUCAAUGGUCAACAACCGUACACAGGAAGCGGUGUUCCUUUUGGAACAGUGACACCAAUGAGUGGCCAUUCGCAAACCACAGAUGCACACAGAUCACAACAACCGUCCAAUCAACAACCUGGUUCAAAACCGAACCAAAGAUAUGAUGGUCCAACACCUGGAACAGGUUCGCAUCCUUCCGCGUGGAACUCGGCUCCUGGAAGUUGGUCGAAUGCAGAUGUAUCCACGGAUAAAAAUGGGCCUAAAACAGGUUUUGGAUGUGCAGGAAAUUAUCAACGCGAGACUGGCUGUGCUCAAGACUCAAGCGGUGCUUCUCCUGUCAAACAAGGUUCUCCUGGUUACUUUGGCAGUCCUGCGUCCGGAUGUUCGGGUAGUCCCUAUGAAAAAUGUAUUGAUAAGUCUGGAAGCCAACCAACGAGAUCAUACGAUAGUGAUAAACCUUCAUAUGGAUCAGAUAUAGGACAAGGGCGGUAUCCUGGACCGCCGCAAAACGUACCUUACACACAAUACUCGGCGAGUAAACCGUUAGAAAGUAAUACAGGGCCUUACAGUGGACCAUCGCAAAAUACAGCCAAUUCUCACGUUGGAAUAAAUCUCGAUUCUGGUGCAGGCAAGACGCCAAUAUUCGGUUCCACAGAUUCAUCUCCAAUCGCUUCUAACGGUUCCCCGUUUGGAACUGCACAAACGUCUGGUUUUCCGAGUGAUAACGCACCAUCUGUAACUCAAAAGCCAGGUUAUAGCAGCGUGAAAGGUUCUUCGGGUACGAAUGCAGGAUCUAGAACCAAUGCGUCGAAGGAUGGAGAUAGUAAAAUAUUUUAUAUAAACGUGAGCCCUGCUUCGGGAAAACCCGAAGGACAUAAACCUUCAAAUGCUGAUGAAAAGACACAACCUUUUUAUCGGCCUAAUUACAGCGGUACUGGAACAACGAAACCUUCUUACCAACCUAAUCCUUACGACAAUGUUCAAACGACGAAAUCUUAUCAACCUGUUUCCUAUGAUGGAAAAACGCAAUCUUCGUAUCAGCCUCCUUCUGAUUUUGGAACGGCAAAGCCUACUUAUCAACCUAGCGUUUAUGGUGGAACAACGAAACCUUCCUAUCAACCUAAUCCAUAUAGUGGUACUGGAACAACAAAGCCUGCUUAUCAACCUAGUCCAUAUAGUGGAACUGGAACAACGAAACCUUCUUAUCAGCCCUAUAAUGAUUUUGGAACGACAAAACCUGAUUAUCAACCUAGUCCAUAUAGUGGAACUGGAACAACGAAACCUUCUUAUCAGCCUUAUAAUGAUUUUGGAACGACAAAGCCUGAUUAUCAACCUGCCGUUUAUGGUGGAACAACGAAAUCUUCCUACCAACCUAGUCCAUAUAGCGGUAUUGGAAUAACAAAGCCUUCUUACCAGCCUGGUCCUUAUAGCGAUUUUGGAACGACAAAGCCUGCUUAUCAACCUGGCGUUUAUGGUGGAACAACGAAAUCUUCCUACCAACCUAGUCCAUAUAGCGGUAUUGGAACAACAAAGCCUUCUUACCAGCCUGGUCCUUAUAGCGAUUUUGGAACGACAAAACCUACUUACCAAUCUGGCGUUUAUGGUGGAACAACAAAGCCUUCCUAUGAGCACAAACCUUACAAAGGCCCAGACGAAACGAAACCUCUAUCGGGUUGUCAAAGCGGAUCUCGAGGUUGUGAAAGUAGGAACGGAUGUGGCAGUCAGACAAAUGGAAAAUCACCAGAUUCUUGUGGUCAACCUGGUGUCUCCGUAGACAUUAGUAAGAUCUCUGGGCCAAUAGUAGGCUCUGACGCGUAUUCAAAUGAUUUUUCUCAAAGCUCUCAAAAAAUUCUUCCUGGGGCGAGUGGUCAACCAUUUAACGGAUCUCCUAUUGGAGGUGGUAGUAGUCCAUAUAAUUGCGUAAGUGGAACUAGUUGCGUUUCUGGGCCAGGAAGCCCAUCGUAUGUUCCUAACAAAUUUGAUAAAACAAAUAAGAUUGUGGAAGGAGAAGGAUCGUAUCCAUCAAAUCCAUUUCUAACUGGGAAGAUUCCUAUCCCUGAAAUUGGCGGACCAAUCGUAACAAGUACCAGUAAACCGAUCGGUCAUGGAAAUCCUUUUCUGCAAGGAAACGUUGGUGCCAUCUCAGGAGCUUGGAGUCAUUCCAUCGGUGGAGCAGUAGCGCAUCCUAGCGGCGGUAAUAAAAAUGUCGUUUCGAUCGAAGAAGAAUCAACUAGACCAAUAGGCAAAGACAAUCCCUUCCUCCAUGGAUCAGGAUCUGCACGAGGAGAUAUAGGAAUCAAUGACAAAACAGCAGGAGAAUCUGAUUCAUUGAUUCCAGCCAUCGAUCGAACUUAUGCCGGAUCAGGACAAACGAGUGGAAGUCCUGUCAGCCAUUAUCCUGAAUUGACCAAUGAUGGAAGCUCAUCAGCCACGAAAAAUCCACUUGGGACAAAUCGCGGCUCGGGAAGCGGAGGAGGUAUUGGAAUUGGUUCGACAGGAUUUGGAAACCUUGCUGGAUCCUUUGCUAACUCGCAAGCUUCUAGUUAUGCCAAUUCCGGCUCUUAUUCUGGCUCUGGAGCACCGUCUUUUGGACAGGCGAGCAGUGGAAGUUGGGCUUCUAGCGGAGCGAAUGCAGCUUCUUGGUCCUCCAGCAGUGCUUCCGCUUAUGCAAGCAGCAACGCUGGCAGUUGGUUAGGGGGACAACCAAGUCAUGUGAAAGGAUAAUCGACGAAAAAAGAUGACAUUGCCAAGUAUUGAAAAUAAAUUUCAAUCAUUUUCACAUUACGAAAAAGAUCCUUUUAUUUUGUCUCAUUUGCACAUUUUUGUUUGUAAUUUAUUUUAGUUUAUGAUACAAUAUUGUAUGAAAAAAAAGUCGCUAUUUUUUACAUCUAUAAUCCUACACGCGCGUAUCUUGAUAAUUGAUCCGAGAAUUACUGCCAAUUCCUCGAAAUGAUUGAUCACUAUUCUGAGAUUAUUAUCAAGCGAUAUUUCGAUAGAUAAUAAUGCAAUUGAUGAAUCGGAUAUACUGUUAUAAACGGAUUUGAUGUAUUAUCGUUAAAAAAAUACAAAUCAAUAAAAAACAUUAUACAUCA